CGAAUGGCAAUUAGCGUAACAAAAUAAAUAACCUUCGUUUUUGUUUACAAUUUAGAGAGCGAAGAUUUAUCUUCAGUUUUCGAUUUUUCAUAUCUCAAAUUAGCAAGCCGAAUGGAUACUAUGCUGAUUAAAUAAAUUAAAUCAGAAAAAUGCCUAUUCGAGCUCUGUUGAGGUAAUAAUGAAGUCUUAAAAAAUAACAUGAUUAAUAAGAGGCUACUUUUAACUUUAACGUUUCAGUUUCAGAACAAAUUUGACAUUUGAAAAAUAUAUUUGUUUAUUUUUCUUCCCAUUCAUUCAUUCAAUCAAUUAUGUAAUUAAAUUCAACUUUUUUCGACAGGACAUUAUGUAUAAUGAUUAUACAAAAUUAUACUUACUUUUAACUUGGACAUUAGUCAUAGUAAUACUUAUUAAUGUUAAUCAUAAGCUAAUCUUUAGGUUAAGUCAAGUUAAAAAUGAAAUGAAAAAGUCUUCUUAGUAAGUUCAUUCUUAGUCUUACUUAAAUUUAAAUAAGUUUAAUUACUCCUACUUAAUUUACUCAACUCCAUUUAAAUAAUUUAAUUUUUAAUUCUUUAGCUAUUGAUUAAUAUGUAGGCCUACGCAGGCCUUAGCCUUAGCCCCAUAGUCAUAUUUAAUAUAAUUUAAAAUAUUACCUAUAUUAAUUAUUAUUUAAUUUUUUUAAAUUAACGUCUCAUACUAGAAUUGGCCUAUUAUAUGACCAGAUGUUACUGGGAUAACUAAUAAAAAUGAAAGGCAUAUAAUUAUAAUAUAUUGCCACUGAUUGCACUUAUCUCCACCUUUUUUUUGCAAAGUCUCACUCUCAACAAUCAACAGCAUCUAAAAAUUCAAUUUUUACAAAUGUAAAUGUAACUGAAUUAGAUUUAUUAGAUUUAUCAGAAAUAAAUUUAUUUGAUUUAACAUAAUUUAUUAUUUAUGUAAGAUAAAAUAUAAAUUUCUAUCAUUGUCUUAAAGUUUAAGAAAUCCCUUUACUUUUAGUGCAUGAAUUUUAGUUUUUGCGAUUAUUGGACACCAAAUCUAUGCAAUGUUUGGUGCCAUUAAAACAUAAAGCUCAUUCUACUUCCAUGGGCCCAUGUUCUGGAACCAGCUCCCCUUCCAUAUCCGUCAUUGUGAAACCUCGUCCAUUUUCAAAAAGUCCCUUAAAACUCAUCUGUUUAGGUCCGCCUUUGACCUGUGAUGCACCCUCCUUGCCCUGCCUCAUUUUCUGUUUCGGGUUGAUCCUGAGGUAUAGGCCAAAACGUGUCAAAGUGUCCUCUUUUUAUAGCCAUUUUCAUUGUUUCUAUAGUAUAGUAGUUACUAUCCUAGUGUCUCAUUUUUAUUUUGCUUAGUUUACAUGUUUUUAAUAAUUGUAAAGCGCUUAGAGCUUUAUGGUAAGCACUAUAUAAAAAAAGCCUAAAUAAAUAAAUAUAUAAUAAUAAUCAUAUUCAUAAAGAAUAUACUAUGAUAAAAAUUAAGAUUGAGAAUAUAUAAAUAAUUUUGAAUAAGACAAGACCUGGUAAUAAAUAGAGUAAUUUAAGACUGUUCUAUUUUAAACUAAAUUUUUUAGUUUAAUUAAGACUUUCAACUUACUGUUAUAGCUUGUGUGCUCACCUAGUUUGUAUUCACCAAGAAGAAAAAUGUAUGUUGGUUAUUAAAAUUAAAGUGUCAUUAAAAUAGCCAUUACAUUAUAUCAGGUUACAAUUUUAGUGUGUGUGAAAAAAAAUAUUCUCUGGCACUGGAAGAUGUCUGCUGCAACAUAAAAACUGGACACAAAUGUUUUAGGACAGGUUAAUUCAAAUUGUUGAACUAGGAAAUGGUUUUGUGCAAUGAAAAAGCUACUAUGCCAUUACAAUUCAACCUGAUUCAAUAAAUAAAAGACUGUAAUGCUGCAAACUUCUUAAACUUGUGCAUUAAUAAUUUUUUAAAAUGUAUUUCAAGGUAAUGUGGGUAAAGUCAAAGAAAAAUAUAGGGAUUUUUAAUGUUGCCAAAAACUCAUGGGCAUUCUUUAAAAUGUUAGGCAUUCUAUGCAUUUGAUGAAUUACUCACAGUUAUUAAAGUUAUUACUGCUUAAGAUUUUUUGUUCAGUUUUCUUUACGAAUUACAUUGUAAAUGUAUUGUACAACAAGAGUCCAACAGUAACUAAAGUAUUUGUGAAAUCAUUUUAAAUAUCUUAUUAUUAAUACUUUCAACUUUCAUUUCAAACUGUCCAAACUUGACUAUCAGUAUCAGACUGCUUAUUACUACAGUACCUAGUAACUAAAGAUUUUUUAAAAUUAUUGAAAGAUUUAGUGAAUACUUUAAAUUCAAAUGCUUUCAUGAAACUUUCAUUAUUAUUUUGUUUCUUUUCAGAUACCUCCUCAACAAUGAACAGUUAAUUCAAAAGGUGAACAGAUUAGAUGCAGCUUGUUUAAGUUUAAGUGAACCAUUUCUCUUUUUUACAAUAUGGAAAACUACAUGUUCUUGAUUCUUAACCUAUUGGGUACAUUCACAAAAGAAAAAACUUAUUAUUAAGAGUACACUGGGUUGGUGGAUAUCAUUUCCGCUUUAAUAUCAUUUGUUGUUGUCAUGGUUUGGCUGAGUAAACAUGGAUCGGAUGAAGUUACCAUGAAUUGAGAGGAAAGAAAUUAUUUAGAGUGAAAGUAUAAAUUUCCUUUUAAAAUGUAUAUUAUUGGAUCUGUUUUAAUUAACCCUACUUAACUUACUGAAAUCGAGUUUAGAAACAACAAACAUGAUUUUUGAACCAACCCAAAGUGGUAGAAAAUUUGAACAUAACCCAUACCAUCAGUUCCAUUAUAUAAAACAAGAUUAUAUUGACAAUUCUUUUAGACCAGUGGUUCUCAACCUUCCCAAUGCAGCAACCCUUUAAUAUAGUUCUUCAUGUUGUGGCACAAUUGCACAUACCCCUCUCCCACAUUUUAAAAUAAAAAAUACCCUCUAAUUUACAUAUUGAUAAUUGAGACAUUGAGUUUUCCCUCGGCUUUCCUUUCUAUUUGAUGAUCAUAAAAUAUUUCAAAUUCCUUUUAUCCAUGAGGGCAGUUAAUAAGUAAUUUUAAUUAUAAACAUUUUGUAUAUCCUCAUAAGAGAUUAAGAAUGUUUAAGUCUGAUAGCCCAUUAACACAAAAAUUAUAUUCAUUUUAGAAGAGCCCAAAAUAUUGACAUUUAAAUUCUUUACGUAGUAUGUAGGCUUAUAAUUAUAUGAAUGAUUUUAUAAUUAAAUUAUCAAAUUAUUGCAUAGAGCAAAUAAAACAAUGUUGCAUGCUGAAAUUUAAUUAGAGUAAAUGUAUUAAUAAACACAUUCGAUGGAAGCAUUGGGCAGGAAUCUUGUUUAGGAUAUUCUUAUUUCUAGGUUGUACACUGAUAUCUUAUGUUUUUAAGUAAAAUUAUUUUAUGAUUUUUAUAUUUAAAUAAGAAUGUGAGCACUAACCUUGAACCUAACUGAAGUGUAAAUGUAUUGGAUCAUCUGCCUUGUGAUUCUCAUUUCUUUUCUUUGAACAAAGAAAUAAAUACUGGGUAACUGAUUAAAUUUAAAUGACUUGAAUAGCCAGCCCUUCUGAUAUUUAGUGUUGAUUUAAGCCCAUGUUUUACUAUAUUUUUCCAGAUAGCUGACAGCUAUCCAAUUAGAAGAGCAGCACAACUUACAGCUUACUUUAUGCAUAAAGGAAAAGAAAUUGGUAAACAUUGUCUUUUCCGGUCGAUCUGGAUAGUUUAUAGCAUGAUUUAUAUUGGGGCAAGAGAUAAUAUUUUCCAAAUAUUAAUUAAAAGUCUUAAUUUAAAUUUAAGAUACAGUUUUGUUCUUUUGUUCGCUUGAUACAUCUUUUAUUUAAGUGGGAAAAAAAAUUUAAUUGGAAAUUUUUAACUCCAAAAGAAGAGAUUGUUUUGAAAGCCCAUCAUAAUCCAUCUUUUUAUUAGCCUUGUUUAGAUUUGAGAUGCAUGUUUUUCUUUAAAAAUGUUACCAGAAAAAUCAGAUCUGCUUGUUUAUAUUUUUUUAAACUCAAUUUCAGGUGAAGAAAAACUUGAACAACUGAAAGAAACAGAUGCACUUAACCGUAUUCGAGAUGAAGUCAAGUAUUCAAGCCAGAAAGUUCAAGAACAGGGCAACAGAUCCCUCAAUAGGGCAAACAGUUUUUUUUACUUAUUUUUUAUGAACUUAUCAGAAGAAUGGAAAAAAGCAGAAAAAAAACUUGAAGAACAAAGAAAACUAGGAGAGGAAAAGAAGAAAUGAUCUGUACAUGUGUUGACAACAAAUUAAAAACUAUGUAUGAAUUAAUUUUCAGGUCAUUGUACAUAUUUUUAAAGAUUGUGUCUUUCGGGUAUUGAAACUUAGUAAAUACAAUUUUAAUAAAGAAGUAUUUGUUUUUAAUUCAUGACGUGACUUAUUAAGCUUGAUUUUUCAACACUAACCACAAUUUAAACCAAACUUCACCAACCGGUAGUGCAAAGUAUUUGAAUGCAGCCCUCAAAGACAAUUCAAAAUUGGCUUAUACGUAUGUACUCUAUCACAUGUUCGCGGAUGAUACCCAACUUCAGCAAUCCGUGACCCCCUCUCAGUUUCAGCAGCAUCUUAGUAUGACACAGAAGACAUUGAGUCAGUUAAGCGCUGGAUGAACAUAAACAAACUCAAAUUGAACGAUGAAAAGACCGAGCUAAUCCCUAUUGAUACCGCUCAAAAGUUAAAAUCUGUAAAUAAAACGCCAUCUCUUUCUCUUUCAGGUAUACAGAUUGAAUUUGCUCAAACAGUGCGAAUCUUGGGUGUCUACUUAGACAAAACACUAUCUAUGGAAAAUCACAUUAACAUGAUUUGCAAGACAAUUUUUCUAGAGCUGCGCAGAAUUAGUCAUAUCAGACCUUUUUUGGUGCAACAAAGAGGCUGAUGUCUGCAUUUAUGCUAUCACGCAUGGACUAGUGCAAUGCUCUCAUGGUGGGUCUUCCAGCUUCCUGGAUAAAAUUCAAAAAGCACAGAAUAAUGCGGCUCGCAUUGUUUUUCCCAAACGCUAAUUUGACCAUGCUAAAACACUUCUGAGAGAGUUGCAUUGGCUGCCGGUCCGCGUCACAUAGAGUACAAAAUUGCAACUCUGUGCUACCGCUGCUUGCAUGACCUGGCGCCGUCCGAUCUCAAAGCGCUCAUAACACCAUAUGUACCCACUAGACAACUCCACUCAUCCAAUAGUGGCAAACUCUCGAUUCCACGUGUUCGCCUUGAGACUUACGGAAGGCGCAUGUUUGCAUUUGCUAGCCCAACAAUUUGGAACACACUUCCUGUCGCUCUCAGAAACAGCCAGACAUUGCAGUCUUUCAAAACCGAUUUGAAAAAAUAUCUAUUU